AUGCUGCAAACAAAUGAUGAAACAAACUCAGGAACAACAUUGGAUCUACCAAUCGAUGAUGCUGGAGAUUCAUGGCAAGACUUAUUAAGUAUCACAGCAGACCCACCCGAAAGGAGAACAAAAUGUGAAUUCUGCAAACGUCCACAAGUUGUGUGUUGGUGUUCUUCCCUGCCAAAUCCUCCACUUGAUAUUGCCAGUAGCAUUGUUAUUCUACAACAUCCUGCCGAAGAAAAACGUACACUCCGAACAGCUCUAAUGUUACAAUUAGGCUUGAAACCUGGCAAAUGUGUUGUCUACAAGGGGAAAAAAUUUCCAACACCAAAAAAUCAAGCCGAAUUAGAACCAAUUUUGAAAUCACCAAAUUCCCUGCUGCUCUAUCCUAGUAAAACAUCAGUGCCUUUAGAAAGCAUACGCCAAGAGGCUGACCAAAGCGGCGAAGGAGGUCCGUUUACGCUUGUGCUAAUUGAUGGGACAUGGCCACAGGCCAAGGCAAUGUAUGCCAGUAGUCCGAUGUUGCAUAAUAUGCGUCAGGUUAAACUUAUUGCCGUCGGUACCAGCGAUUAUAUUAUACGCACCCAGCCGACCGAGGGAUGUCUAAGUACAUUGGAAACGGCCGCACAGUCUUUGGCCGUAUUAGAAAAUCGUCCAGAAUUACGAACGCUGUUGGUUCAACCAUUACACACACUGUGUAAAUAUCAAUUGGAUAAUGGUGCCGUUGAACAUCAAUCGAAAGAAUUUCGAAUUAAAAACAAUCAAUACCCGAAACAAAUUGGAAAACGUCUGAAUCGUUUACUCAACUAUAGUAAUAUCUGUCGAUCAGAAAUCCAAGAGGCUGAUACCGGUAACGGCAACGAAGAUCAUUUAAAUGAGAUACAAAAUUAUGCAACUUCGGUAGCGAAUAGUUGA